AUGGAGAAUUUCCGCCCACCUUUCACUUCUUCAACAACUACCACCAGCUCCACUUCUCCAUCUUCAACUCUGGAACGUUCAUCAUCUCUGUUGUAUCAUGGUCCAGCCGUUGGCUACAUGCCAACACACCCUCUUUGGCAACAACCACCAAAUUUUGUAUAUCCUCCUCCCAUGUGUCCAUUUCCAGUCCCAAGUGCGGCUGUGAUGGACGACGCAAGGAUUGUACGUCAAAGAAGAAGCCACAUUAUGAGAACAAAAAAAGCUGCUCGUGCCGCAGCUGCUUCUUCAAGGUUGGUUGUACAGAGGGAUAUUCCACCUAGUGCUGGUCCUGAAACUCAGAACAAACAGCACGAUUACUCAUUCUGCACACCGGAUAACAAGAAACUGAGAUUGUUGUUCAAAAAAGAGCUGAAGAAUAGUGAUGUUGGAUCUUUGGGCAGGAUUGUCCUUCCGAAGAAAGAGGCUGAAAAGUACCUUCCGAGCCUCUCCGACAAGGAUGGCAUCGAGCUGAGGAUCAGGGAUGCACUUUCAACCCAAGAGUGGGAUUUGCGAUACAAGUACUGGACAAAUAACAAAAGCAGAAUGUAUGUGCUGGAAAACACAGGAGACUUUGUUAGGCAAAGUGGAGUGGAGGUGGGAGAUAGCAUUCAUCUUUACGUAGAUGAAAGCAGAAAUCAUUACGUCUCCAUCCACCGGCUGGCCGAAGCAAGACCACUACAUGUGUUCCAGCCCUCUUCAACAUUAUACCAUCAACAAAACUAUACCGAUACCAACACCAUCACCAACGUCACCGCCAUCGAGAACACUGAAGUCUAUCGUAAUGGUGAAGAUGAGACUUCUUCAGCGGCAGUAUUACGACAACAACAACGCAAUCUAGAACAAGUAGGAGAAACAAAUUACAACAUGUUGACAUUGUUUACGGAUCCUGCUUCUUCAUAUAGACAAACCGAAGAAGCUAACAACUCCAACAACGACGUCACUAGACAAAAACAAACCCCGGCUCAACCAGCUAUGGCAGGGAUAUUCGGGUCCUCGUCAUCCCCGUCGUCCUCAACGAGUAUAGUGAAGAUGUCUGAGGACAACUUCGGCGACUUCUAUGAAGGCCUUGGGAUGCUCCCGGAAGUUCAUCGUUUCGAGCAUUCUCUUUUUGAUAUUGACGACAUAAUUAGGGACGACAAGCUCUUAUAG